CAAUAAUUUUGUUUAAUGAUAAUUUUCCUUUUUCCUAGCACUCUGGAAAGCUACCAGUUUCUUUACAAGUUAAGCAUCAAUCUGAUGCAUGGCAGGUGAGCCCCAAAAUUGGGGCUUAACCCUGGAGGGUUCAUGGCUUCACCCAGGAAGGCAUUCAAGGGCGAGCCAGUGGUGUUAGCCAGGCAAGUUUGUUAAAGCAGCAGAAUCCUACCCAGCAGCCUGAAGAACCGGCAUGUGGCCUGGGGGACAGCCCCACUCCACAAGCUGCCCGAUGUUCCGUAUCUGUCCAUGAUGGUGAUGAGACCCUAGGGUAGUUGUAAGUCUAAACACAGGGAAAUAUUUAGAAAUCCCCAUGAUCUAUAAGAUUGAAAACAACCCUCCUCUCUGAAAACUUCAUCUAUUCCUGGGAUAAACCAAAUGUGUGUUUAGUCACACAUGACUCCAACUGAGUAACUUUCAAGUCAUUUCCCUAAGGCAGAAGAAAUUCUCCAUUAUGCCGGCAAAGUGGCAAAGUGGCAAGGAAGAGCCGAGAACACUUGAUCCCGUCCCCACCGCAGGGAACCCCACACGGCAGGAGGAGAAAGGACAUCUAACCUGCAGACUGGUAGGGUUUCAGCCACCCAUGGCCAGGAAAGAGUACACUGCCUCUGAGGUGGUGUGGGCAGCUGCAAUGCGGGAGUCACGUGGGAUGCGUUUGCAGGGCUCCAGCCAUCACCUCCUCACACCGGAGGCAGCACCAAUGGAGCCGUGAGAACAUAGUCCAGGUGUGUCCAGAAGUGGUGGGUUCUUGAUCUCACUGACUUCAAGAAUGAAGCCGUAGAUCCUCACAGUGACUGUUACAGUUCUUAAAAGUGGUAUGUCCACAGUUUGUUCUUUCUGAUGUUUGGAUGUGUUUGGAGUUUGUUCCUUCUGGAAGACUCACGGUCUUGCUGGCUUCAGGAGUGGAGCUGCAGACCUUCACAGCGAGUGUUACAGCUCAGCUCUUAAGGCUGUGCGUCUGGAGCUGUUCAUUCCUCCCGGUGGGUUUGGGCCCUUGCUGGCCUCAGGAGUGAAGCCGCAGACCUUCACAGUGAGUGUUACAGCUCAUAAAGACAGUGUGGACCCAAAGAGUGAAAGACCAAAGCCCCCACCAUGUGGAAAAUAAACGAGUACGUUCCGGCUGCGGGCUCCGGUGGCCUGCUUUUAUUCCCUUAUCUGGCCCCACCCACAUCCUGCUGAUUGGUCCAUUUUACAGAUGGCUGAUUGGUCUGUUUUACAGAAAGCUGAUUAGUCUGUUUUGACAGGGUGCUGAUUGGUGUGUUUACAAUCCCUGAGCUAGACACAGAAGUUCUCCAAGUCCCCACAGUGCACUGAUUGGUGCAUUUACAAACCUUGAGCUAGAUACAGGGUGCUGAUUGGUGUCUUUACAAACCUUGAGCUAGACACAGAGUGCUGAUUGGUGUAUUUACAAUCCCUUAGCUAGACAUAAAGGUUCUCCAAGUCCCCACCAGAUUAGCUAGAUACAGAGUGCUGAUUGGUACAUUUACAAACCUUGAGCUAGACACAGAGUGCUGAUUUGGUGCAUCCACAAUCCCUCAGCUAGACAUAAAGGUUCUCCAAAUCCCCACCAGAUUAGCUGGAUACAGAGUGGCGAUGGGUGCAUCCACAAACCUUGAGCUAGACACAGGGUACUGAUUGGUGGGUUUACAAACCUUGAGCUAGACACAGUGCUGAUAGGUGUAUUUACAAUCCCUUAGCUAGACAUAAAGGUUCUCCAAGUCGCCACUAGACUCAGGAGCCCAGCUGGCUUCACCUAGUGGAUCCCACACCGGUCUGCAGGUGGAGCUGCCCGCCAGUCCCAUGCUGUGCACCUGCACUCCUCAGCCCUUGGGCGUAGAUGGGACUGGGUGCCACGGAGCAGGUGGCGGCGCUCGUCGGAGAGGCUCGGGCCGUGCAGGAGCUCACGGCAGGGGAGAGACUCAGGCAUGGCGGGCUGCAGGUCCCGAGCCCUGCCUCGCGGGGAGGCAGCUGAGGCCCGGUGAGAACUCGAGCACAGUGCCGGUGGGCCGGCACUGGUAGGGGACCCGGCGCAUCCUCCGCAGCUGCUGGCCCGGGUGCUAAGCCCCUCACUGCCUGGGGCCGGUGGCUCCGAUUGCGGGGCCCGCCGAGAGCCCACGCCCACGCGGAACUCGCACUGGCCCGCAAGCGCCGCGCACAGCCCCGGUUCCCGCCCACGCCUCUCCCUCCACACCUCCCUGCAAGCUGAGGGAGCCGGCUCCGGCCGCGGCCAGCCCAGAGAGGGGCUCCCACAGUGCAGCAGGCUGAAGGGCCCCUCAAGUGCGGCCAGAGUGGGCGCCGAGGCGGAGGAGGUACCGAGAGCGAGCGAGGGCUGCCAGCACGCUGUCACCUCUCACAGGCGAAGCCCACGCCACAGGACGGGUCGGUUCUGCACCCGUCGGGGCAGGGGAGAGCCGCCUCUGGUGAGCAGAACCCCGGAGAAGGGACGACGCGGGUGCACCGCGCAGCCUGGGGACACCAAGUCAGACGAACCCGCUGUGCAAGAACAUUUUCCACACAGCGGCGCAUACCCCCGCCCGGGGGCGCUCGGCAGCCGCACGCGGCCCUCAGAGCGCAGCCCCCACACGCCUUUACUUCCGGAAGGCGGGGACCGCCACAGUGAGGAGCUAGACCAGCUGAGGCAACACAGCGAAACCCCGUUCCUACCCAAAACCAAAAAGCGCGCGCCUGCGGUCCCAGCUACCUGGGAGGCCGAGAAGGAAGGAUCGCCUGAGCCCGGGAGGCGCAAGCUACAGUGAGCCGAGACUGUGCCACUGCACUCAGUCUGGGUGACAGAGCGAGACCCUGUCUCUAAAAGGAAAAAAGAGCUAGGAAGAAGCGGGCUGCCUCUUAACUUCGGAGAAGUAAACGAGGAACUAUAACCAGUGUCUACCGUUUAGGAACCAAACAAAAGCUGACAGGAAUCCCGCCACCGACCCAGCCGCCCCAGACGUUGCCCUGGCCUAUCCCGCGCCGUUCCUCAAACUAGACCCGCCCCGACGUCGCCCUGGCCUAUCCCACGCCGAUCCUCAAACGAGGCCCGCCCCCGAUGCACAAGCUCCGCCCUCGCUGCACAGUCCUGACCCUCGGCCUCGCCCCCGCCCCCUGGCUCUUCCCGCGCUGCCGAAUGCCGCGACCUGGCUCCCACCCUACGUCGCUUCGCGCCGCAUAGGAACCCCGCCCCUAGUCUCUCCUCCCGCCUAUCCUGAGCCGCGCGCGCACAAACCUCUCCCACGGACCCGCCCACCCUGAUCCUCAACCUGGCCCCUGGCCUUUCCCGCGGCGUCCAGUCCAGUACACCGACGCACGAGUCCCACCCCCGAUCUCUCCCUCGGCCUAUCCCGCGCCGCUCCGCGCAGGAGCCCCGCCCCCCACUUCGCCCGCAGCCUGUCACGCGCUGCGUCGCUCCCUCGCCUCAAACCCGCCCACGCCCGCGGAUGGGCGCGCGGCUGUGACGUCACGGUGUCGUUGGUAAGGGGCUGGCUGCAGGGGAGCUGCGUAGCUCCCGGCCCCGCGGCCAUGCCCAAGCGGGGCUGCCCUUUCGCGGACGCGGCCCCGCUACAGCUCAAGGUCCGCGUGGGCCAGAGGGAGUUGAGCCGCGGCGUGUGCGCCGAGCGCUACUCGCAGGAGGUCUUCGAGAAGACCAAGCGACUCCUCUUCCUCGGGGCCCAGGCCUACCUGGACCAUGUGUGGGAUGAAGGCUGUGCCGUCGUUCACCUGCCAGAGUCCCCAAAGCCUGGCCCUACAGGGGCCCCGAGGGCUGCACGUGGGCAGAUGCUGAUUGGACCAGACGGCCGCCUGAUCAGGAGCCUUGGGCAGGCCUCCGAAGCUGACCCAUCCGGGGUAGCGUCCAUCGCCUGUUCCUCAUGUGUGCGAGCCGUGGAUGGGAAGGCGGUCUGCGGCCAGUGUGAGCGAGCCCUGUGCGGGCAGUGUGUGCGCACCUGCUGGGGCUGCGGCUCCGUGGCCUGUACCCUGUGUGGCCUCGUGGACUGCAGUGACAUGUACGAGAAAGUGCUGUGCACCAGCUGUGCCAUGUUCGAGACCUGAGGCUGGCUCAAGCCGGCUGCCUUCACCGAGAGCCACGCCGUGCAUGGCAGCCUUCCCUGGACGAGCGCUCGGUGUUCACACUGAACUGUGGGGUCGACGGGAGGGGUGCCUUUUACGUGUUCUAUUUUGUAUCCUAAUAACAGAAUGAAUAAACCUCUUUAUAUUUGCACAA